AUUCCCCGGGAUUUCCCAUAAUCGAGGGAGAAUGUUUUCGUCUGUCUUCAAUUUGGAGUGAUUUUAAGUGUUCAGAACAUUUCUCUCCUUUCUUUAAUGUAUCAUACGAGUUAAAAGUCGUGAUAAGCUUGUCGUCUCUGAGCUUAACUAAGUAAAAUAAAAUCAUGUUGCGCAAAAAAUCCAAAGAAUCUACGAUCUCAUCAAUUCAAGGUAUAGAAGGAAAAUAUAUCAAGAGGCAAACUUUACCUGGUUUGAUAAACAAUGCAAGUAUAUCUAGUUCAAGACCGCUAAGUCAAAGAAAUUACAUUAGUCCACAAAAACAACAUAAUAAAAAUCAACUUUUAAAAGAAAUAAAUGAUUUAAAGUUAAAUGUGACGUCGCCUACUCGUCCUACGUACAUAUCGAGCCCUACGUAUAUAUCGAGUCCUACAUACAUAUCGAGUCCAAGUAGCGUUGGUUCAGCACCUGCUUUACCACCCAGAAAUCAUAUUGAGCUCUAUAAACCUAGUCAAAAUUAUGCGAAUGAUUCAGCUCUUAUUUAUGAAAAUAAUGCUGAACAGGAUGAGAUUGAUAAUCGUCAAAUUGAACUUUAUCAUAAGGAAGUACGAGAAAGAUAUAUGAAGAGGCAAAACUCUAGCCCAGCAUUGCGACAAUCAUUAUAUCAGUUAUCUGUAAAAGAAGAUGAUCCUAAUCGAGAAAAUUUACCCCCUGGAUGGAGUGUUGAUUGGACUGUACGAGGGAGGAAAUACUACAUAGAUCACAAUACUCAUACUACGUCUUGGAGUCAUCCUUUAACUGCCGAAAGCUUGCCAACAGAUUGGGUUCAAGUUGAGUCAAAAGAACACGGAAUAUAUUAUGUUAACCAUAGAACCCAAACGGCACAAUACAAUCAUCCUAGCCUAAUGUCUGUAAACGGGGCUGAACUCGUGUCUUAUGAAGCUCUACAGCCGCCAAGAAGUCGACCACCGCAAGUGUUGGUAAAUCCAGAUAACUUUCCUGAUUGGCUUGUGGUUUAUUAUCACUCAUCAACCGCCCACGAUCAUAUGAUCAAAUGGCAUAAAUUUAAAAUUUCACAAUUACAGGAAUAUGACGUUAUGCUAGUCAGGAUUUAUAAGCAACAUUUAGAAAGAAGAUAUUCAAUGUACGAAAAAUAUCGUACAGCUCUGCACAUUGAAAUGGAAAGAAAAAAACAAUCAGAGCAAUACAAGUUGUGACAACAUAGCUGUUAACUGAUUUAAAUAUUGUUUAUACAAGAUUUUUGAUGGUGAUUUUGUAUUUGAUAAUUGAUUGACCAUUGAUUGAUAUUUAAUUAGAAGAAAUUAGCGCUAUUGUGAAAGAUUUAAUAUCUACUUUUUGUUGUUGAGGGAAAAGUGGAGCAUCCUGGACAGACUUACUUCUGAGUUCGCCAAAAUGGAAUUUUUUGUUUUUAUGUUUCAUUGGCUAAGACUUUCUCAAAACAUGUUUAUCAAAAUAUUUUUACAUUCUAAAGUACUCAACAAAUGUAACUGUUGCAGUCUAACAUUAUAUAUUUUCUUUAUUAUUUCUUUACCACAUUCUUCAUAAUAUCUAUGCGUUCUAACACUUAUGCAUUUUUCUUUGCGAUAACUAUCUAUUUAUUUUUCCAUAUCUUUAAUAAUUUUUUCUUGGAAUUUUGUAUUCCUUGGAGUGAAGAAUUAUCAUAUUUGUUUGUUAAAGGAGAGUGAUACCUACCAUCCUUUUGUGAAAUAUGAAUUCAGCAACAAAAAUUAUUGCAGAGAAUAAAAUACUAGUUCAAUUUGU